GCCCCCUCCGACCCGAGCAGGAAGUGAGCAGAGUCCACGGACACUGAGCGAACUAUCAAACUACAAACUAGUGGCAUCGUUACACAACAUCUGUGCAACCCCUGCAGCUAACGGGUCCCACCACCAUCAUCAUCAUCAUCAUGGACGGGUUUCCAACGCCUCUGCGGUGCUUCAAUGAGUGCCAUUCCGCAGAAAAGUUCGUGGAUGACGGGGUGAAAUCGGUGACUUCAGUGGAGCAGAAAAAAGUGGAACGCAGCAUUGAAGAAGUCAUCAGUGUUUACAAGCAAAUACACAGCUUACCACAGCCAACGUUGUUGCGGGAACAACACUACCAAUAUCUCAAGAAGGGCUUACGUCACUUAUCAGAUGCCUAUGAGUGUCUGGAUGCUAGCAGACCGUGGCUUUGCUUCUGGAUUCUUCACAGUCUGGAGUUACUAGAGGAGCCCAUUCCUGCUGCUGUGGCCUCAGACGUGUGUCAGUUUCUGUCUUGCUGUCAGAGCGUGACAGGCGGUUUCGCCGGAGGACCAGGACAACACGCCCACCUCGCACCCACCUACGCUGCCGUCAACGCCCUCUGUAUCAUCGGAACAGAGGAGGCCUAUAAUAUUAUAGACAGGGAGAAGCUGUUAGAUUUCCUAAUGUCAGUGAAGCAGCCAGAUGGCUCGUUCGUGAUGCACGUUGGAGGAGAGGUGGAUGUCAGGAGUGCAUAUUGUGCAGCUUCUGUAGCAUCGCUCACAAACAUCAUCAUACCUAAACUGUUUGAGGACACGCCAAACUGGAUCCUCAGUUGUCAGAACUGGGAGGGGGGUCUGAGUGGAGUGCCGGGUUUGGAGGCCCACGGUGGCUACACGUUCUGUGGCACGGCUGCACUCGUCAUCCUGGGCAAAGAGCACAUGCUGGACCUCAAAGCGUUGCUGCGGUGGGUGGUCAGCAGACAGAUGCGAUUCGAAGGAGGCUUCCAGGGCCGCUGUAAUAAACUGGUGGACGGCUGCUACUCUUUCUGGCAGGCUGGACUCCUGCCUCUCCUCCACAGAGCCUUAUUCAAAGAAGGAGAAUCGGAGCUGAGUCUGCAGCGGUGGAUGUUCGAGCAGCAGGCCUUGCAGGAGUACAUCCUCCUGUGCUGUCAGAACCCAACAGGGGGCCUUCUGGAUAAGCCUGGCAAAUCCAGAGAUUUCUACCACACGUGUUACUGCCUGAGCGGCCUCUCCAUAGCACAACACUUUGGAAACGUGGACCUCCAUCAUGAGAUGAUCCUCGGCAAGGAGGAGAACAGAUUGGCUCCAACUCAUCCAGUUUACAACAUUUGUCCGGAGAAAGUGGCCAAGGCCCUGCAGCACUUUCACCGGCUGCCUGUCCCCGAUGAUGUCAGAGGGUCGGACCCCGCCGCUGCCUCCAGAUCAAGUGACCAUCAGUCCUAGUUAAGUCAUCGGUGGAGACGUCACUGUGUGUGAAGCAGCCAACUCUGUGGGAACGGACUCAAACCAGCAAACAGCAGCCGGGUCUGAUGUAGACAAGGCCCGAGAACCUUCUGACGGUAGACUGUCGGUAGUCAUGAGGGCCGGAGUUUAGGAGGAGUUUGCCUGAAUUAAAGGUCAACGGUUGUGUGUGUGUGUGUGUGUGUGUGUGUGUGGGCAGUUUAGCACUCAGCUGGAUUUUUUGCUUGCAAUGCCUAAUGUUUUCAUUCUCUGAAAUAAAAAAGGGAAACUUUCAGUUUGAUUUAAGUUAAUAAAACAUUAUAAAGCACUUUUCAUAAUGGUGUCAUAAAAUGCUUUACAACUUAACUACAACAUAACCUGCACUGUUAAGACCUGCUAAAUUAAUCUAAAUAUCUUUUGAAAAUACGUAACUGUGGCUCCAGAAUUUUAAGCCUCGGUAUAUUUAAAU